CCAAUCAUUUAGCUUGUGAUGACGAAAUCUGUUUACUUGGACUUCGUGCAUGUAAAACACAUUAGUUUUAAAACGCAUUUAAAGGAAAGAUGAGUGAAGGAGAUAGAUCCGGUAGACCAACAGAAAAUGGUUUCCAUCGACCAGUGUCUGAAAGUGUAGAAGAUUUAACCUGGAGGAACAAGAUGCACUCGCAAAUGGGCUAUCACAAGAUAAAAUCACAAGCACAGCAACUAAAACAAGACCUGCAGCAGGCCUUCAUCCAGGAACUAGAUAGUCUUGUGGAUGGCUUUAUAGAGGAGGUUGAACAGGUCGAAGAAGGAGAGGGUCUAUCUAACAAUGUCAGUUUCUCUGAUCUUCACUCUAGUGUUUCAGACUAUAGGCAUGACUAUGUAAUUAAAAAGAAGAGAAAAGAUGGGGAGCUGCCAGAUAAAGUUUUUAUGCCUCGGAAUUCUGUACUAACAGAUCUGUUCAAAGUCAAAGAUGUCAAAACCAUCUACCACAUAUUUGUCGCCAUCCUGAUUGUGUUCAGCCUCAAUACUGUGGUGUAUGAUCUCAUUAAUGAAGGGAGGUUAAAUCUGAGUUUCGACCUUAUCCAGUUUGGGAUGGGAAAGUUUUCCAAGGUGAUGGAGAUGUGGGUGUUGAUGAACCUGUCCACUCUGCUGGUGGUGUAUCCGAUCUUCUACUACUGGUCCACCAACAGAAAACCGGGGAAAAUAAGUGGUUAUGACAUUACAGCAGCGUGUGUUUACAUUGCGUACCAGCUGGUGUUUUUAGUGUGGCCCGUCCACUACAUCCGAGAUAAGGGCCUGCCACCAGGCUCCAGUAUAAUUGUCACAUCUGAACAGAUAAGGCUGAUGAUGAAAGUUCAUGCUUUUGUUAGAGAAAAUGCUGCCAAAGUGUUGAUGUACAAGAAAGAUGACAGUGCGGAGGAAAAUGGUUGUCCAGAUUUCUCCAAGUAUCUCUACUUCCUCUUUAUUCCUACCCUUGUCUACAGGGAUUCUUAUCCACGAACUCAGAAGAUUCGUUGGAGUUACGUAGUCAGUAACCUAGGGCAGGUGCUUGCUUGUCUGUUCUUCACUUACUACAUAUUUGAGAGAUUCCUGGUACCAGUGUUUCGUAACUUUGGACGGGAGCACCUGACUGCCAGGGCGGUGAUCUUAUCGGUGUUUGGUUCCAUGUUGCCGGCUACUUUAGUAUUAGUACUAGCUUUCUUUGCCAUCCUCCAUUCUUGGUUCAAUGCCUUUGCUGAGAUGCUGACGUUUGCUGAUAGAAUGUUUUAUAAGGACUGGUGGAACUCUACGUCUUUUGCUAAUUACUACAGAACGUGGAACAUUGUUGUACAUGACUGGCUGUACACAUAUGUUUACAAGGACGCCUCCAGGCUUUUCCCUAACAACCGUUCCCUGGCGAUGGCUUUUGUGUUCAUGAUCUCGGCUGUAGCUCACGAGUACGUGCUGGUCAUGUGCUUCAGGUUCUUCUAUCCGGUGCUAUUUGUCAUGUUCAUGGGAGCCGGCUUUGGCUUCAUCUUCUUUAAGGGGGUGGGCCGUGGCUGGAAUGUGUUUCUGUGGCUGAUGUUGAUAAUGGGGAAUGGGAUGUUGAUGUGCCUGUACAGUAUGGAGUGGUACGCUAGACAGCGAUGUCCAGAGAACAUGGAUAAUUUUAUGGACUAUCUGAUCCCACGAUCGUGGACUUGUGACUUUGAGGCUAUGGAGAGCUGAACUGUUUUUUCAUGAUCAAACAAGUGCAAUAUCAGUUUUUUUCUUUUGUUUGUUUGUUUGGUUUUAAUGUGAACCUACAAGUGAUAUUUUUAUGCCCCCGAGAUCGAAGAUCGGUGGGCAUAUUGUUUUUGUCCUGUCUGUCAUUCUGUAAUUCUGUAAAUCUAAUUCUGUAAUUCUGUCUGAAACUUUAACCUUGCUAAUAACUUUUGAACAGUAAAUGAUAGAGCUUUGAUAUUUCACAUGAGUAUUCCUUGUGACAAGACCUUUCCGUGGGUACCAAUAUUUUUGACCAUGUGACCUUGACCUUGAAGUAUGACCUACUUUUUGAAAACUUUAACCUUGCUAAUAACUUUUGAACAGUAAGUGAUAGGGCUUUGAUAUAUCACAUGAGUGUUCCAUGUGACAAGACCUUUCCGUGGGUACCAAUAUUUUUGACCAUGUGACCUUGACCUUGAAGUAUGACCUACUUUUUGAAAACUUUAACCUUGCUAAUAACUUUUGAACAAUAAGUGAUAGAGCUUUGAUAUUUCACAUAAGUGUUCCUUGUGACAAGACCUUUCCGUUGGUAUUAAACCUUUUGACCUUGACAUUUAACUGACUUUUAAUUUUUUUACAUUGGUCAUAACUUCUAAAUGGUAAAUAUUAGAGCUUUCAUAUUAUACAUGAGCAUUUCUUUUGACAAGAUCUUUCUACUGGUACCAAGAUAUUUGCCCUUGUGACCUUGGCCAUCUUUGGAAUUGGCUAUUAUCGGGGGCAUUUGUGUUUCACAAACACACCUUGUUAUGAUAUAUUUCAGUAUCUUAAAAAAGGUAAAUUUCAUAGUAAAUAUGUACAUGAGUCAAUCUAAAAUACCCCACUUUUCUAUGUUAGGAUAUUGUUAAAAAAAACUCAGGGUGUUGGCAUAAUAUUCAUUUUAUGAUAUAUACAUUCACUUUGUUACAUUCAAUGUUUGAGGACAAUUUAUGUAAAAAAAAAAAAAUAUCACCCAAUUUGAUGAUCUAUACGAUAUUCUUUUGCAGUAAUGAUUGAUUAUGAAAUUCAUCGUAGAAUUGUUUUUAGAUUUUUUUUUACAUGACUGUAUGUAUGAAUUUCACCUUUGAACUUUUUCCAGGAACACGAGGCUCAUCUGAAUUUACAUACUUUUUUUUCUUGGUUGAAUAUUUUGAUAUUGUAAAGUUACAGUACAUGUAUAAUGUAAAUUGCAUUGUUGUAAAUGCUUUGGUGAGUGUUUAAUGAGAUUUCCUUUUUUUGUAUGGUAUUGCGCCACGUCGCAGAAUUUCUUUUUGUAUGGUAUUGUGCCACAUCACAGAAUUUUUUUUCGUGUGGUAUUGUGCUGCAUCACAGAAUUCCUUUUUGUAUGGUAUUGCGCCAUGUCGCAGAAAAGUAAACCAUGCUUCUUUGUAUUGGUUGGAAGAUGUUGAAUGAAUAUCAUUGCAAUCUACAUGCAUUACAUCUUUAGAGAAUAUUUAGGACCGAUAAUACUUAAUUCUGGUAUAUUUGAUAGCACUAUUAUUUAGUACCAGUAUCAUUUGUACCUUUAUUAUUUACUACUAGUACUAUUUAGUACUGAUAUUAUGUAGUACUGGUAAUAUUUGGAUAGUGCAUUAACUGACGAAUAACGAUACAUGAUAAAAUAAUGUAAAGAUUAUGUGAAGGUUCUCGUUAAUCUGGCUUGUUAAUCCGCAGUGUGAAACAUUUAUACAUUAAGUGAAUUAUCCAGAUAGCAUGUUCCACAAUUAGAUUUACUCGAGUGUGUCAUGUUACAAUCUCUGCUUGUUUUAGUUGUAUUGUUUGUCAUGUACAUUUGCUGUGUAUAAGACUGAGUACAUUUUAGUAUGUACUGUUAGGACUUGCUUGUAAUUGAUUUAUCCAGUGUACGCGUAUGUUUCAGCCACAUCUCUCUUCACAGUAGACAUUCCCUCUCUGAGGAUUUAGGUGCUCAGUAUACAAACCGUUUCCUUUGUCUGUUUACUGUCAUUUUUCUCAUUCCAAUGAGAGGUUUAUCUUUUUAUGUGCAAUUACUGUGCUGAAUAUUUUAUUAUGAAACAUAAAUCCAUAUUGAAUGUUGCAAUAGGCUUUUAUGAAGUCACACACAGAGAUAUAACUAUUGUACAGCUGUGUGUGUGUGGGGGGGGGGGGGUUGCUUGUAUGUACAGUGAAAUCUGUCUACACCAACACCUGUGUAAUCUAUAUAAUUUUCUGACCCAAUCGGAUUAAAAGCAGAGAUUUGAUCCACUCCAAUAUUCUGAUGUUGCUAAUACUUUGAACAGAUCAAAGGUCUGGUUUUAAUCAGAUUGUUUUCUGACCCUAAUCUCCAUUCUGAUUUUUUUUUUUUUUUUUACAUGUACCUUAAUCAGAUACAAAAUUCGUCUUCCACAGGAUGUCGGGUUAGACAGGUAUGGGAGCCACUUUAGUAUUUUAUGAUGUGUAUAACUUUAAAAUUGAAAAAUUCAAACUUACGGGACCAUUUUAUAAUACUUGUACUACUCAAGAAAGGAUUAUUUUUCUUCAAAUACAAGUAAAAAUUAUUCCAAUUUGACAGUCGUAUAGGAAGAAGGAUUCAUAGAAAUAUGAAAUAUCAGUAACAUUUCAACACAUUUUUUAUCUGCUUUAUUUCCCUCCUUUCUUUACAAUUAUACAGUAUUCCAACCACCAUUUUUUGUCCUUUGCAAAAUCUAGUUUGGUGUAGAUCAAAUGUGAGUUAUUUUACUAUAAUAUAAAUAUGAUAUUGUAUAUUUUGUGAUACAAGAAUUUUAUGAAAAAGCUUGGAAUAAAGAUUGUGAUUUGCA